CUCCAAAACUCACGCGCGCCUGCGCAUUCGGUCCAUACUAGUCAAGAUGGCGACAAGCAAUGGUGUUGGAAUGGAAGUGGAUGAAGCAGCAGGGCCCAGCGUCAUGGCCUCGGGGGUCACUGGGAGUGUGUCUGUGGCCCUGCACCCGCUGGUCAUCCUCAACAUCUCAGACCACUGGAUACGCAUCCGGGCCCAGGAGGGACGUCCCAUGCAGGUGGUUGGUGCUCUAAUUGGGAAGCAAGAGGGUAGAAAUAUUGAGGUGAUGAACUCCUUUGAGUUGCUGUCCCAAACAGUGGACGACCAAGUGCACAUAGACAAAGAAUACUACUACACAAAAGAGGAGCAAUUUAAACAGGUUUUCAAAGACAUGGAGUUCCUGGGCUGGUACACAACAGGCGGCCCCCCUGACCAGUCUGAUAUCCACAUUCACAAGCAGGUCUGUGAGAUCAUUGAGAGUCCCCUGUUCCUCAAACUCAACCCCAUGACAAAGCACAGUGAUCUACCUGUCAGCGUCUACGAGUCAGUUAUUGAUAUCAUCAGUGGAGAGGCCACCAUGCUGUUUGCGCAGCUGACCUACACUCUGGCCACAGAGGAGGCUGAGAGGAUAGGAGUGGACCAUGUGGCCCGCAUGACAGCUACCGGCACAGGGGAGAACUCUACAGUAGCAGAGCACCUUGUAGCCCAGCACAGUGCCAUUAAGAUGCUCCACAGCCGGGUGAGGGUGAUCCUGGACUACGUCAGAGCAGUGGAGGCUGGUGAGGUGCCUCGGAACGGUGAGAUCUUGCGUGAUGCCAAAGCGCUAUGCCACAGACUGCCUGUUCUCAACACAUUGAAGUUCAAGACCGACUUCUAUGACCAAUGUAACGACGUGGGUCUCAUGGCCUACCUGGGCACCAUCACAAAGAGCUGCAACAGCAUGAACCAGUUCAUCAACAAAUUCAACGUCCUCUACGACCGCCAGGGCAUUGGCAGAAGAAUGAGAGGCCUGUUCUUUUGAAGGAAGAGGGAAGAAAGAAGAAAAGUGUUACACACCCCAAGGAUUGAAUGCCUUUGUGACUGUAUGAAAGAGGAUUUGGAAGAGGCAGCAUGCACUACAGAUACUUUUUCUCUCAUUUUUGAACAAAUCAAAACACAAGUUGUUACAGCUUUGAGUUGAGGCAAAGCCGCCUAGCAUACUUGAAGAUACUUGGAUGAGUAAUUGCAACAAAUACAGCAGCACGUCAAUUGUAAAUGUAAUUGCGCACAUGGAUGGGUCUUUUUCAUGUGGCUGAGUGUGCUGCAUAGUAUUAUCUGGUGAACUUGAAUUUGCGCAAAACUUCCAUUGCAUCCUUUUUGUCUGUAUGUUUGUUUUUUAUUUGUUGUCGUUAAAUGAUUCUAUGUUUCUGAGAGAAAAAAAUGUCUACUGACUUUGUGUUUUUCUUUGUGAACUGCUAUCAAUAAAUUGAGAUUAAAUUGUUUGUAGGAAGAGAUUAAA